UUCGGUUCAUCUUCUACAGCUGACUUUGACAUUUUGGAUUGUAUAAGAAGUAUGUGAAAACAACAUCGUAAUUUGUGAAACCACUAGAAUCAUACACCAGGAGGAUUUAAAGGCUCUUAUAUAAAAUGGCAAGUUCUAUUAUUGUCGCCGGCAUUGGUCUAGCCGCUGUUGGCUUCGCUGGAAAACACCUCAUGCGCCGCAUGCCUGCUAUGGCCACCAAACUGAAUGAAACCUUGAAGAAUCUACCAAAAUUUGAUGCGGAAAGUUUGGCAAACUCCAAGUACUACAAAGGUGGUUUCGAUCCUAAAAUGAAUAAACGUGAGGCGUCUUUAAUAUUGGGUGUGAGUCCUAGUGCGUCAAAAUUGAAGAUAAAGGAUGCGCACAAAAAGAUCAUGUUACUCAAUCAUCCUGAUCGUGGUGGCUCACCUUAUUUGGCGGCGAAGAUAAACGAAGCCAAAGACUUCAUGGAUAACGGCAAAUGAGCGUUGUAAAUUUCAAGUGUAAACUAAAGUAGCAAUUAAAAUUAGCAAUAGUAGAGAAAGAAAUAAUUUUAAAUUUAUAAUUUGGUGCAAAACACUAUUUUUAUGGAAAAUAAAGUCACCAAUAUCCUAUAAA